AUGUUCGACACCCAACGAGCUAUGAAGGCGCUCGAUUUCUCGAAAUUUUCAUACCAAUAUCUUGUUCAGGCGUGUUGCAAUCGUACUCUGGAUAAGAAAUUACAAAAAGCCGAUUGGCGCCUGAGAAACAGACUUAUUGAAGCUGGCAACGAUGAGAACAAUCUUCUCAAAUUCGUCUACAGCAACUCCGUCGAUAUUUGCCUCACCCAGCCAGUAUUCGAGAAUGAUGGUUACAAGAGUUUGUUGGUUGGCAAAAAACCACUGAAUUCCCGUCAAGAAUUCGCUCUGGAAGCGUUGUGGAAGUGGCGUGAUGAACGUGCAAGAGACGAUGAUGAGAGCCUUCAGUUCGUCCUCCCCAAUCACAUGAUGCUACAUAUGGCUGAGAUGUUGCCUCGUGAAAUGCAAGGAAUCCUGGCGUGCUGUAGUCCGGUACCGUUACAUGUGAAGCAGGAACUGCAUGCGCUACACCGUAUCAUCAGCACGGCCCGUGAUCAGCCUCUGGUGAAACGAGCAAUUUCUGCUCCAACUAUUGGCACACUGACGUUCGAGAAUGUCGUUUCGCGCUUGAAUAAGAUGGAUGCAGUGAAAGCUUUGUUGAGGUGUCACCUGGAUUUUUCAACAACCAAAUAUAAUGAAGAAAUUCGCAAUAUUGCUUAUGAGAAAUUUGGGGGUGGUAAAGAUCUAGAAGGUGGCAACAAAAGCAGCAACGCCCGUACUGCUUCUCCUUCUCCUGAUAUCUACACAAUUGGCGAAACUGGCGUUAAUCAAGAAUCGAAACAACGUUUAGCAAAAGUGCUAAAGAUGUUGGAGGAAUGGGCAACACCGUUUGAAUGCUAUCGUAUCACUAUGAUGGAGAAAAAAUCAAACGCUAUGGAGCAAGAGACUUCUGAUGGGACAAAUUUGGGAGACGGGACGCGAUGCAAAUCUGAAAAGGAGGUAAUUUGCAUCGAAGAGAUUAUGACUUUAACGGAAAAAGAACGGAAGAAGAAAAGAAAACGGGAGAUACAAGCAAUCAGUAUUCCAACAACAUCGGAUGCUAGUGCUAACAGCAGGAGGAAUGCUGAAAUUCCUGAAAAACGUACGCGAAAGCCCAACUGGACAAAUGCUGCAGAAAAGUGCGACAAUCAGGUGGAUUAUAGCAGCCUGGAAUCGACAGUUUUCCCUAAAGGUAUUUUUUAA